UGCAAGUCUUGAAGACGUAAAGAAUGUCUCAUCAUCAUCGGUCCCUUGUCCGUUGUGCUCGAUGGGCUCCUCCGCCGCCGCCGGCCGCCGCAUUUGCCGUAACCUCGCCGCGCCGUCCUGGUGUACAAAUUUUUCCUGCACACGCAGGGCCGCAGUGUAGAGUCCAAUCCAAUCCAAUCCAAUCUCCGCUGACAUCUCCCCACUCCAAGCCCACACGGGCCACGGCCACACAUCGACGCUCUCCGUCCGUAGCAUGACACCAAGAACCGCGGCGGCGCUGUCAGGUCUACUCCGCGGCAAGAAUGCAGUGAACCUCGCACCAGAGCAGGUCCCGAAGCUGCUUGCUACGCGCGCGUCACCUGCCCGGGUGGAGGAUGGCGUCUGUCUCCGUGACCCUCCCGGUGCCCGCUACCCGCUCGACGAAAUUCCUCGCCGGGAUGCCGCGGUGGGCGCCAACCGCGUACUCUUCGACUAUGCGCGGCGCGGGAUGGUCCUGGAGGUCCUGGAUCAGUUCUCUGUCGCGCGCCGCGGCGGCGUGCUGGUUGACAGCGCCACGCUGUCCUGUGUUCUCAAGGCUUGCAGAUCAGUGCCAGACAGAGUUCUUGGGGAGCAGCUGCAUUGCCUGUGCGUCAAGUGUGGGCAUGAUCGAGGUGAGGUCAGUGCCGGUACGUCGCUUGUCGAUAUGUACAUGAAGUGUGGUAGCGUCUGUGAGGGGAUAGAGGUGUUUGAAGGAAUGCCUAAGAAGAAUGUCGUCACGUGGACAUCGUUGCUAACUGGUUGUGCUCACGCACAGAUGCAUUCGGAGGUCAUGGCCUUAUUCUUCAGGAUGCGUGCUGAGGGUAUAUGGCCCAAUCCAUUCACAUUCGCGAGCGUUCUCUCUGCAGUAGCGAGCCAGGGUGCACUUGAUCUUGGGCAGCGUGUGCAUGCUCAAUCAGUUAAGUUUGGAUGCCGCUCGUCCGUGUUUGUCUGCAAUUCUCUGAUGAACAUGUAUGCAAAGUGUGGAUUGGUUGAAGAUGCCAAGUCUGUGUUUAAUUGGAUGGAGACCAGAGACAUGGUGUCAUGGAACACGUUAAUGGCAGGUCUUCAAUUGAAUGAGUGCGAACUGGAAGCGCUACAACUGUUCCAUGAAUCACGAGCCACCAUGGGAAAGAUGACACAGUCAACAUAUGCUACAGUGAUUAAGUUAUGUGCAAACCUCAAACAACUGGCCCUGGCACGUCAACUCCACAGCUGUGUGUUGAAACAUGGGUUUCAUUUGACUGGAAAUGUAAUGACAGCCCUCGCGGAUGCUUACAGCAAAUGUGGUGAAUUGGCUGACGCUUUAAACAUAUUUUCUAUGACUACGGGAUCUCGGAAUGUUGUUUCAUGGACAGCUAUUAUCAGUGGAUGCAUUCAGAAUGGUGACAUUCCUCUUGCUGUUGUUCUUUUUAGCAGAAUGAGAGAAGACAGGGUCAUGCCAAAUGAGUUCACCUACUCUGCAAUGCUGAAAGCAUCACUAUCCAUCUUACCUCCCCAGAUACAUGCCCAGGUCAUCAAGACCAACUACCAGCAUAUCCCAUUUGUUGGAACUGCACUUCUUGCUUCAUACUCAAAAUUUGGCAGCACUGAAGAUGCCCUCUCUAUAUUCAAAAUGAUUGAGCAGAAGGAUGUCGUUGCAUGGUCCGCAAUGUUGUCUUGCCAUGCCCAAGCUGGUGACUGUGAAGGUGCCACAUAUUUAUUCAACAAGAUGGCCAUCCAAGGAAUCAAGCCAAAUGAGUUCACAAUAUCAAGUGUAAUUGAUGCCUGUGCUUGCCCAUCAGCUGGUGUUGACCAGGGUAGGCAGUUCCAUGCUAUUUCGAUCAAAUACAGAUACCAUGAUGCAAUUUGUGUGAGCAGUGCACUUGUGAGCAUGUACUCAAGGAAAGGGAACAUUGACAGUGCUCAAAUUGUCUUUGAGAGGCAAACAGAUAGAGAUUUGGUUUCAUGGAACUCGAUGAUAUCAGGGUAUGCGCAGCACGGUUACAGCAUGAAGGCCAUCGAAACAUUUCGACAGAUGGAAGCUUCGGGUAUCCAGAUGGAUGGCGUCACAUUCCUUGCUGUUAUCAUGGGAUGCACUCAUAAUGGUCUUGUUGUAGAAGGCCAGCAAUACUUUGACUCGAUGGUCAGGGACCACAAGAUCAAUCCCACCAUGGAGCAUUAUGCAUGUAUGGUGGAUCUAUAUAGCCGUGCAGGCAAGCUGGAUGAGACAAUGAGCCUUAUAAGAGACAUGCCAUUCCCUGCAGGUGCAAUGGUAUGGCGCACAUUGCUAGGUGCUUGCAGAGUUCACAAAAAUGUUGAGCUUGGGAAGUUUUCCGCAGAUAAGCUGCUAUCGCUUGAGCCACAUGAUUCAUCUACAUAUGUGCUUCUCUCGAACAUUUACGCGGCUGCAGGAAAGUGGAAAGAGAGGGAUGAAGUGAGGAAGCUCAUGGACUAUAGAAAGGUGAAGAAAGAAGCUGGAUGCAGCUGGAUUCAGAUCAAGAAUAAAGUUCACUCCUUUAUAGCCUUUGACAAGUCACAUCCUAUGUCAGAUCAGAUAUAUAAAAAGCUCAAGGUAAUCAUAACCAGGUUGAAGCAAGAUGGUUAUUCACCGAACACAAGCUUUGUGCUUCAUGACAUAGCAGAAGACCAGAAGGAAGCCAUGCUGGUUGCACACAGCGAGCGACUAGCUCUUGCCUUUGGCCUGAUAGCUACACCACCUGGAACACCCCUUCAGAUUGUCAAAAACCUAAGGGUGUGUGGGGACUGCCAUAUGGUUAUGAAGAUGGUUUCGAUGAUUGAGGACAGGGAGAUCAUCAUGCGAGACUGCAGCAGGUUCCAUCACUUCAAUGGCGGGGCCUGCUCCUGUGGUGAUUUCUGGUGAAUGAAGGGCAGAACAAACUGACUGGAUAAGGUGUACGCCCUGGCAGUGCCAAUUUGAACAAUAUUACUGUGAGUUGACAUUAGAGUAUUGGGUUGUCUAUAGUUGAUAUCAGUACAAGCCCACAAAUAGUGUUGUAGUUGCUUGUAGAAGCAGAGAUCAGUGUUAAUACUAGAGCAUUGGUUUGUUAGCAUUGCCAGAGAAAGCCAGUUGCCACAAGUGGUAUAAUUGCUUUAUGCAGAAACAGGAAUAAACUUGCUCUCAUUUUUUUUGGCUUUAUGUUUGAUGAAGUGAAACCGUUCAUCAAAGCAGCAUGUUUAUUACCUUCUCAAGUUUUGGCAUGCUGAAUUACAGGAAUCUACAGCUACACUGGACCGCAAAGAUAUAGAAGUUCUUUUCACCAGUUCAGUUAUGCAUUCAUAAUCCACAACAAGCAGUUUUACUUGUGUUUUAAUAUUGGAGUGGCUCUACAAUGCCUGUGCAAAGAACAAAAUUGUCCUAUGUUUGAAUGAAUGUAUUGGUAAUCUGAUGGCCUCAAUAACACUAACUAUAUUCAACAAGGACAGUUUUCAGAAAUAAUGCCAUACAGUAGUCUAAGCAACAUUUUGUUUAACAGGAGAUGAACAAACUCAUGAGAAAGCACCUCCAGAAGCUCAACUUCACUGCACCAGUCAGAUCCAGCCAUGGAAGGAUUAAAAAUCAAAGGAAUGGAAAUCAUUGUUGUGCUAGUGGCUCUGGGUACGUAGAAGAUUCUUCAACUGCAUGCAGUUCAUCUAGCUCCAAUUGACUAUGCAGUUCAUGAAGUGCAGUAAGCUAGAGCUGAUCAGGUAUGUUUACGAAGAUGGAAUAGUGACCUUGCAGAGGGAACAUCAUUUUUAUAAGUCAGCCACAAGAAUUAGAGAUGUUAUAUUUAUUUGAUGUUGGGAAUACAGAAUGACAUUUGAAGGUUUUGACGAUACAGAUUUGAAUACCAGCAUAUAAUGAAGAACAGGACAUCAUGUAUACUUGGAAAGUACCUGGGGAAAAUGUUUAGAAGAGAUGAGCAGGAACUGAAAUCUCUUGGUAGUGGUACUUAUCCCCGUGGAAUUUCUUCGGUGGGUCAUCAUAAUCCUUCUUGGUGGUGCUUCAUCUUGGGUCAUCUCCUUAAACUUGAAGGAAUGCACUGAAGGAGCGGAUAUGAUGGUUUUGAUUGCUAGUGCUGCAGUUCUCCAAUUUGCUGUGGCACUGUUCAUCAAAGUUUUCUUUUUCGCCUGAGAUUGUCUUUUUUGGUGUUGCUCAGGUCUGCCUCUCCUUUUACCUUUUAGCGACUAGAUACCAUAGCACCAAAAACCUUCCCAACAGUACACGGACCGUGCCUUUAUGAAUGUGAGCUUGAUGUUUUGUCUGCUCCCAUCAUUCUGUUCUGGCGAGCAUCCUUUUGAGGACCAAGUGGACUAGUUUUACUUGACAUACAUAUUAACACUAGAUUGAUAGACCUUGUGUUUUGUUCAUUUCUAAGGGUUUUUUACUCAUCUAGUUCCAAGAACUUCACUGUAUAUUCCAAUUCAGAAUUGCCGAGUGUCAUCUAAAUUUGCAUAGUGAACCUUGGACCAUUUUGAAGUACAAUAACCAUUUGACUAUAUUUUGACAAA